AUGGCAUUUCAAACGAGUAUUCGCCGAGACGGCGAAUGGGUGACCGAGACUGUCAACUUCCAGGCUGCUCUGAAAGCCUAUGCGACUCCCAAAUCCGCUUCCCGGCCUCAUCCGGAGCCACCGAGCUGUGGCAUACUGUCCAGGACCAUAGUAGACAGUCCUAUGAUUCACCAGAUUCUCCCCGUCCGUUUGAGAUCCGAGGCUCACAACGACAUCGCCUUUGUUGGACUUUGGCAGGACCACUUUGUGCAAAUAAGCGAGCUCAGGAGAGAUGGACAGGUUCACGAGGUUGUACGAAAAAGCGAUUUUGGCUCUAGGAUUCGAAGAGCUGCCGUGCUAGGAGACUCCCCGCAGCAUGGCUUGGACGACGAUGACCUUGCCGACAUGGUGAAAAGCGAGGAUAAAGAAAUGCUCGUGCGAGGCUCCUUCGCUACUGAACCUCACUCCCGCCACCGAUUGCCGCCGCAGCUACUGGUGCUGGUACUAGAAUCCGGUGAUACCAUGUACAUGUUUCUGCGCGAAAGACAAGACUCAACUUUGGAAUUCGUGAUUCAUAAGCGAGAAAGCCCCAGGAAUCUCUCCUAUUUCGGCUAUCACUUAUCUGUUGAUCCAUCAUCACGGUACAUGGCCGCAGCCUCUCCAGACGGCGUCCUGGUCAUUUAUGAACUUGAAUCAAUGGUCGCACUCAGCGAGAAAUAUCGUCUACAAGGUUUCGUCGACCCCAUCAAAUCGAUUCGGAUUCGAGUUAUACAGGGUGUAGUUCAUAAGUUGGAGUUUCUGUAUCCCCGUCCAGAGGACGAUUAUCAUAUUAUUCUUCUUCUCAUUGUAACAAGGAAAGAGAGACGCUCUGCUGAACCGGUUUCAAGAAUGCUCACCUAUGAAUGGGAGGUAGGGGACAAUCUCAAAGAAGUCUUUGCCGAGGAAAAGACUGGCAACAGGCUGCCAAAGGAACAUCGAAUGCCAUCUCUUCUAAUACCCCUUCGGUUCAACACUGCCUUUUUCACAGUUUCUCAGCCAGAUAUCGGCAUAGUGAAGAACUGUCUUUCUGGCUCCCCGGUUUUUGAGGUGCUUGAUACGGAUACCCCCGAGCGAACCCCUCUUCAUCACGGUAUAGGCAAUCCACUUUGGACCGCCUGGUCUAGGCCAUUCCGCAGAAAGAAGUAUUUCGAAAAGACCGACAUUAUUUAUCUGGCCCGUGAGGAUGGAGCCAUCAUUCACGUCGAGAUCGACGCUCCGGAGCUGGUCCCCUCUGUUACAACUGUGGGCUGUCUCAACACCAACAUUAACACGGCUUUCACUAUUGCGUACGACAUUUUCUCCGAUGUUCUCAUAAUCGGUGGUGAUUCUGGCCCAGGUGGCAUCUGGAAGCUUGCGCCUCGUACUGACCUUGAACAAGUCAGUGUUCUACCUAACUGGUCACCAGUCGUAGACAUGGCUACCUCUAGCGGCCGUCCACUCAAGGCUUCAAGCACCUCGGAGCAUCGGAAUGCGAAUUCAAGAAGCCCUGAAAGGAAGAACCUACCUUCAAGGCCGGACAGCCUGUUCAGUGCGUCGGGUCGCGGCAUUCGCGGCAAUUUAACUCAAUGGAGAUGGGGUAUCCAAGGCAGGAUUGGCCUCGACAUUGAGACGGGCGAGCCUAUCAGGCGUUCCUGGGGGCUCACGAUGAAUGGACCGGAAGGUAACGGAUUAUACGGCUUGCUUGCCUUGCCCAACUCCUCCACAUUGCUUCAUUUCUCCGCUGAUUUCAAUCAGGUAGAUGCAGUAGGAGCGGACAGUACUGCAUUUGACUUGACAUCUCGCACGUUGCAUGCUUACCAGGCUCAGUCAGGUCUCAUUGUUCAAAUUACUGAGUCCUCCAUCGCCCUGAUAUUAGACUCCCAAGCAUCACUUCAUGCUCUACCAAGUAUACUCGGGAUCACUGGUAUUCGUGCAGAGAAUGCCUUCGGCGCAGACGACUUGCUUGUUCUCUCCACUCACAACGAUGGGAAUUUUCAGUUGCACAUUUUGCAGGUUGAAGGGAUGAACAUCCGAGCCGUCAAUUCUUGGGGCAUUGCCGGUGAAGCCACAUGCGUGUCCCUUUUCAAAAUAGCAGGCAAUUACUGUGUGAUUAGUGGCUCUGUUAUUGACAGCACCUCAUGGGUUUCCGCCUACGCGCUAGACGGCACAGCUGUUAUCGCCGAAGCCGUUGACAGAAGAACAGCGGAUGCGUCCGCCCGGGAAAUUCCGAAUGAAGCAUACCUAUUUGAGCCCCUGACCAGCAUUUGUAUCGUACGGGAAACAACCGACUCUGCAGAUUUUGUUGCUGGCACACGAUGUGGACACGUCUUGAAUUUUAGAAUUUUGGAUCAAACUUCUAAACGCGUGACCUGGAAUAGCGAAGCCAUGGGCGUGGCUCCAGUCGAUGUAUUCCCAACACGUGGCGAAUUCGGCGGCGAUGUCGCCGCCAUGGCUUGCUGCGACAACAAUCUCACCAUGAUGUCAAACUUUUCACCGUCGGCUCUCAAGUUUCAGAACAAGAAUUUCAUUUGGCUGACAGACUCAAAUGAUGCCUCGAUGCCCUCACCAGCCGUCCAUUCCGUGUUUGGCCUUGGUGUUAGCUUAUCGGGCCACAGUGGUCACAUGUCACUCAUGAUACUCGCAGGCUCGAGGCUUUUGUUUGCAGAAGUAUGGCCACAUUUCUCUCUGAUACCUAGGAGCUUGCCUCUGAAUGGAACCCCUACACGUGUCAUAUUCUCGCAGGCUUGGAAUUGUUUAGUGGCUGCAAUACUUCAAGAUGGUAAAUCUACCUUGGCAUUCAUUGACCCUGACAGUGGCAUGCACAUUGCAUCUGCUUGUGACAAGGAUAGGAACCCUUUGCAGUUCAUUUGGGGCCUCGGCCACUCAGACGACAGAAUUUAUGGUCUGGGUGAGUGGCUAUAUGUGAAAGACGGCAAGACUUUCGCUUUCCUUUUGGUAACGACAAAAGAAGGCAGGCUCCUCAUCGUGUCAGUGAACAAAUUGGAAUCUCGCCCCGGUCGUGGUGGUGCCGGACGAUUGCAAUAUUGGACUCGUUGGAAGAAAAUGUUAGCUAAGCCUAUAUACUCUAUCGUCGGCGACAACGACGGCAUCAUUUAUUGCGUCGACAGGACUAUUCACUGGGACGUCCUUGAUCUGACGGAGAAGAAACUGCGGCCCGUGAAGGAGUAUGAAGUUGAUUCUCCCGUAACAUCUCUUCGAGUGUUCAACGGAAAGAUUUUUGCGCUGACUACCAUGCACUCUCUUGAAGUAAUUGAUCAUAGGGCGGGAGAGGACAAUACGAUGUCUCUGAUACAUACGGAUGCCAUUUCGAGAAUCACUAUUCAUAUGACGGACAUUGGAACUGAUGGAGGGGCUUCGGACGUUGUUGGCCGGUGGCCAAUUACCCUACUCUCUGAUCACAGAGGAGGGCUUGCAGGCGUAUGGAUUCCAUGGGGCCAACGAGAUAAAGAGUUCCAGACAAUUUUUGAAGCCACACUGCCCACUUCUAUCCGACGGUUUACUCACGCCAGGAGCCGGCCGCUGUGGGUAGGGUCGGAGACGCGGAAUCGAUAUGGCGUUGUGGCCAGCAGCGAAGAAGGAUCUGAGGUCUUUGGGGUUUCUCUCGACGGCUCACUGCGACAUUUCACAUUGGUCAAUUUGGAACUGUGGCGAAUCCUGAGCUUGAUGCAAACCUUGGCACUGCGACGUCGGUUGUUCAAUGUCAUGGGUGGAUCUCCCUCGGAUUCUGACAGCAUGGUGUCCGACGACGACAAUGACAUUGAGCCACACGUACAUCCAAAGUUAAUGCACAUUGACGGCGAUCUCUUGUCUCGCUGUCUGGAAAACCGACUUCUCGAGAAGAUUAUUGGGACAGCUGAUGGACUGGAUCUGUUCUGUGAGUAUCUUGACGCCCUAGAUGGUGGCCGCUGGACAGACAGGUUCAGGGACGGCAUUGGGAGCUCGGAAGGGGAGAGAGAAGCAGCGUACUUUAAUCUGGGGUAUGAUAUUCUGGGUUAUAUCUUGGCCCCGGUUUUAUAG